AUGGAGGGGACAGGCCAGGCAGGGCAGGGACAAUGCCGGUGUCACCCGCAGGAGCGGCAGAACAUCAUCCGGUACUGGCUGGAGAACCUGCGGGCCAAGCAGGGCGAGUCCCUGCACAACAUCCACUUCCUCGAGGGACAGCCCAUCAUCCCGGAGCUGGCAGCACGGGGUGUGAUCCAGCAGCUCUUCCCGCUGCACGAGCAGAGGAUCCUCAAGCGCCUGAUGAAGUCCUGGGUGCAGGCGGUGUGCGAGGCGCAGCCCCUGGAUGAGAUCUGUGACUAUUUUGGGGUGAAGAUCGCCAUGUACUUCGCCUGGCUGGGUUUCUACACCUCGGCCAUGGUGUACCCGGCCGUGUUCGGCUCCAUCCUCUACACCUUCACCGACAGCGAGCAGGUGAGGCCGGCACGGCCACGGCAGCUGCCCACCUUCGGGGGGUCCCCACCUUUCUGGGGGGUCCCCACCUUCCGGGGGGGAAUUGGCUCCAGCCAUGAUCGGAAAAAGUCGGGAAUUUUCUGGAGAAACGGGGGAAAAACGGGAAAGGCCUCGGUCGUGGUUUGGGAAUAUCCAAAGGAUUCCUGGGAAUUCCUCAAGUGA